CCAUUCAACACAUUAAAACCAAAGCAACAAGAAAAAAGGGAAAACAAUUUGUCAAAAUAACGAACAAGGAAAAUUAUUUCCUCUCUGCAUAACACCGAAUUCGUUUCUCCAUUUUACCAGAUCUGAUUUUUCCCUCACAAAAUCGUAGAAGGAAAUCGGUCUCUCGUUUCUUCAUCAUCCACGAAAUUCUCGAUCUCAGGCGACGGAGUACAAACCCUAAUUGGAGCUAUGUUUAGAUUGGAGCCGGAAAAGGUUAGGAAGCGACUUUGAUACCGCGUGGGAAUUAGAAUCGGAGAGGACGAGGUUUCUUGUCUGCUUCUCUCCGUUCACAUGGCAGACGCUCUGUCUGUAAUUCCCGCCUUUGUUCUUCGCAAUCUAUCCGACAAGCUUUAUGAGAAGCGAAAGAAUGCCGCUCUCGAGGUUGAGGGAAUUGUGAAGCAGCUGGCGGCUGCGGGGGAUCAUGAGAAGAUCUCUGCGGUGAUCAACUUGUUGACUACGGAAUUCACCUAUUCUCCCCAAGCAAAUCACCGUAAGGGAGGAUUGAUAGGGUUAGCUGCUGCUACUGUUGGGUUGACUAGUGAAGCAGCUCAACAUCUUGAGCAAAUUGUUCCACCUGUGCUUAAUUCAGGCUUAUUUAAUAUGCUAAGUGAUUCUAGUCAUGAGAUCAGGCAACAAGCUGAUUCGGCCCUUUCAGAGUUUCUCCAGGAGAUUAAGAAUUCUCCAUCUGUAGAUUAUGGUCGCAUGGCUGAAAUAUUGGUGCAGAGGGCAGCCUCUUCUGAUGAAUUUACCCGAUUAACAGCUAUCACAUGGAUAAAUGAGUUUGUAAAACUUGGUGGGGACCAACUUGUUCCUUAUUAUGCUGAUAUUCUGGGAGCCAUCUUACCAUGUAUAUCUGAUAAAGAAGAGAAAAUCAGAGUAGUUGCUCGCGAAACUAAUGAAGAACUUCGUUUAAUCAAGGCAGAUCCUGCGGAAGGAUUUGACGUUGGAGCCAUCCUCUCAAUUGCGAGGAGGGAAUUAUCUAGUGAAUGGGAGGCUACCCGAAUUGAGGCAUUGAAUUGGAUUUCUACCCUUUUAAACAGGCGGCGUAGUGAGGUGUUGAGUUUUCUGAAUGAUAUAUUUGAUACGCUUCUGAAAGCACUUUCAGAUCCUUCGGAUAAGGUGGUACUUCUAGUUCUUGAAGUUCAUGCAUGCAUAGCAAAAGAUCUGCAACACUUUCGGCAACUUGUGGUCUUCCUAGUACAUAACUUUCGAGUUGAUAAUUCUCUCCUAGAAAAGCGUGGUGCUUUGAUAAUCCGUCGACUUUGUGUCCUCUUAGAUGCUGAAAGAGUGUACAGAGAACUCUCAACAAUACUUGAAGGCGAAGCAGAUCUAGAUUUUGCGACUAUUAUGGUUCAGGCUCUAAAUUUGAUUUUACUUACUUCGUCUGAAUUAUCUGAGCUGCGAGAUCUCUUAAAGCAAUCAUUGGUUAAUCCUGCUGGAAAAGACUUAUUUGUAUCACUGUAUGCUUCGUGGUGCCAUUCACCUAUGGCAAUUAUAAGUCUUUGCUUACUAGCUCAGACGUACCAGCAUGCAAGUGUUGUUAUUCAGUCUUUGGUGGAGGAGGAUAUUAACGUCAAAUUCUUAGUUCAGCUGGAUAAAUUGAUUCGCUUGUUGGAAACCCCUAUCUUUGCAUAUCUUAGAUUGCAGCUUCUUGAACCUGGAAGAUAUAUAUGGUUGUUAAAGGCCCUGAAUGGCCUACUGAUGUUGCUUCCCCAGGUAGGCUCAAAUAAUAAUACUGCAUCUUGUAACACUCCAUCUUGUAGUUGGAUUGUGUUGGUGUAAUUAAAUAAUUUUAUAUUACAUGAAGCGCAGCUUUCUAACAUUCCAUUCCCCACUUUUUGAGUCAUCUGGAGAGAGAGAGACAGUGAUUUCUCUUGAGGGGAGUCUCAAGUCUGUUUCCCUUUUCCCAAGCCUAGAGAUCAUGGAUUCCAAAUUCUCUCUUUUUUGUUCGAGGGUCAUCCCAUCUUACAAGACAGGAUCUAGGGGGAUUUUAAGCCUUUUGACUAACUUGUGACCCAUUCUUUUAGACAUGGGUGGCACUCCUGUGCAUCUUAUUAAUAGGUCAAUACCAUUUUUCUUUUCCUUCUGGAAAAGAAAAAAAAUGUCCCAUGCAUUUCCUAACAGAAACAGUAUGUAAAGAAAAAUUUAUUAGAAACCUAUCAUCUUCUUAUCUAAUCUUGAUAUUAGCAAAUUGUCUAACAAAACAUAAGCAAAUAUGUUUUUAUAGUUUUUGGUUGUUUAGCUCCGUUACCAAUUAUCUUUUAUUGUUUUAGUUGACUACUAACAUUUUGGUUUUGAUAUAUUAGUCUAUGUUUUUAAUUUUUUUUCAACUAACACGUAAGAAAGUUAGCAAGCAGUUAAUCUAAUGCAAUGC